AUGCCUUACUUUCAACCUAAACUGACUCUCCCUUCUUCGCUCCCCUUCCGCGACAAGACUGUCCUCAUCACCGGCACGUCCGCUGGGCUCGGUCUUGCCGCGACAAAGCACCUCCUUCUACAUGGCGCCAAGGAGAUCAUCGCUGGCGUCCGUUCCGUUGCGAAAGCGAAUGCUGUCAAUGCUGACAUCCUCUCCGACCGCGAGCUCAAAAGAGUCAACCCAAAUGGAAAGAUCACAGUCUUGCGUCUAGACGCUGAGGACUACUCGAGCGUGCUCCAUUUCGUGAGAGAGGUGAAGACGCGAUGGGACGGCAAUUUGGACAUGGUCUUGUUGAACGCAGGUACGGGGAGUCUGAAGUGGGAGGUCGCAGAGAAGACGGGCCACGAAAAGACCAUCCAAGUCAACGUGCUCUCUCCUGCAUUGUUGGCCCUGGAGCUGCUCCCCGUGCUGGAGAAGACGGCGUCACGCACGGGUGUACCCUCGCGGUUGACCUGGGUGGGAAGUUUCGUGCAGUACGACCAUAGUCUCGAGAAGAAACCUGUCAGGGCAGGCGAGGGGGUUGUUGCGCAUUUCGACGAUAAGAGCCAGUUCGUCGCUAUGGCGCGCUAUCCUGACUCGAAACUGUUGGGGACUCUGAUUGUGGAGGCACUGGCAAAGUAUGUGGAUCCGGAGAAGGUCAUUGUCAACGACGUGUCGCCUGGAAUGGUCAAGACUGGGUUUGGCGAUUAUCCUGUUUGGUUGAGAGUUGUGUUCGCCGGGAUAUUUGCAUUCAAGGGCCGGGACGUCGAUGAAGGGGUCAAGACGUACCUUUAUGCUUUGGGAGUUGCUGGGAAGGAGUCGCAUGGCUUGUAUUUGAGUGACAACACGGUUGCUCGGUAA